GGCUGCCGUGCAAUACUGACUGCAGCAGCCGAGCACGUGUUUGAGGGACAGACCAUCGGCAAAUUCUUCGACGAGUAUCUCCAAAAGGGGAAUCUGAAGAUGGAUCCCAGAUCCCCAAAGGCAGGCCCCGGCCAGCAGAUCCUAUCCAGAGCCUGGAUAAACCGGAACAUGUUGACCUCUAGCCUGCCGGGAAACCCGUUUGGCAACGUGAGGGCUGCGAACCGACUAGUCGACCACCUCGGAGGCCUGGCGCACUUAGACCGCGUCGUGAUUCUCGUGGACCGGGUCAACAGCGUAAAAGGGCAGUUAUUCCGGGGCGUCAGUAUAUCGAACGAGGGCGACUUCGGGGACAUGCGGACGUCGGAGGAGCAGCUGCUGUACGUCAAGGAAGUCGGCGGCGUUUUCACGUACAUGGCGCUGGACCCGGUAUGGCGCGCCUUUUGCGGCACCUACAACGGCAUCUACAACGACCUGCACACGUUCAGCAAUUGGUACAACGGCCAGCCAGGAAAUGCCCAGAUCGCGCUGCACACAGACUGGGCUAACUUCGUGCGCAUCACGCUCGACUCGGUCGUGCUCAACGGCCGCAGCAAGCUGCAGGCGUUUUACGCGCAGCGCAGGAUCGAGAGCUUGUACAUGGAGGCGCGCUGGUUCCUGGCGUUCUCCGGCAACCGCCUCCUAGGGAAUUGGCAGAACAUCAAGCUCGAUCGCACCGAUGUUUGCACGAAUUUGCCGCCAUCGCGCGCGGGCCCGCCCGUGUGGGGAGGAACCUGACCGGCGUAGCGUAGGGAGGGAUUGUACAACGGUUCGAGGGGGAGGCAAUGUUGC